AAAGUGUAGUCAUCGUCUAUAGCCGACAGGCUAUAGCAUUACGGCAAAAUUCCAUUUCCAACAUGUUUUCUUCGCCAGCUCUGCGGCUGGAUUAUUCUUUGUCGUUCUCAUUAUUUGCCAGAAACAGGAAGCAGAGGCUCCGUGUUUCACGUGGAUCGUUGAGUUCCAAUCAGAAAUGGAGGCACUCUAUGUUUGUAGGUGCCAAGCCUGUGUUGAAAGAUGGGACUCUCAGUUUCAGUGGCCAGGAUGUGUUGACAGGGGUUCCUGCAAACAUUGUGCUGACCCCAUUGACAGAUUCAUCGGCAUAUGUGGGGGCUACUUCCACACAGACCAGUUCCCGCCAUGUUUUCAAGAUUGGAGUCAUUGAGGAUGUUAGAUUACUAUGUCUAUUUAGGUUUAAAAUUUGGUGGAUGAUACCUAGAGUGGGAACUUCAGGGAGUGAUAUUCCUAUAGAAACUCAGAUGUUGCUUUUGGAAGCAAGACAAGGAGAAGCUUCGGAAGCUUCUACUUCCUAUAUUGUUUUUUUGCCUUUGCUAGAUGGCAAAUUUAGGAGCAGUUUGCAGGGAAACACAUUCAAUGAACUGGAGAUUUGUGUCGAAAGUGGUGAUCCCUCCAUAGUCACCUCGCAAUCACUAAAAGCAGUUUUUGUGAAUUAUGGAGACCAUCCAUUUAAUCUGAUGAAGGAAUCCAUGAAGAUUUUGGUGAAGCAGAGUGGAACUUUUGCACUGCGGGAAACGAAACAGAUUCCAGGAAUGUUAGAUUGGUUCGGUUGGUGCACCUGGGAUGCUUUUUACCAUGAGGUUAAUCCUCAAGGGAUCAUAGAUGGCCUAACAAGUUUAUCAGAGGGAGGGACGCCUGCAAAAUUUUUGAUAAUUGAUGAUGGAUGGCAAGAUACAACUAAUGAGUUUCAGAAAGAAGGGGAGCAAUAUAUUGAAGGGUCAGAGUUUGGAGGCAGGCUGGUAAGCAUUGAAGAAAAUAGCAAGUUCAGGAAAACAGCUGAUGGAGCUCGAGAUGGAGCACCAAGUAGCCUAAAGGACUUUGUUUCAGAUAUUAAGAAGACCUUUGGCCUUAAGUAUGUAUAUGUAUGGCAUGCCCUGAUGGGAUAUUGGGGAGGACUCCUUCCAGGUGCCGCAAAAACUAUGAAGUAUAACCCAAAAUUGAGAUACCCAGUGCAGUCACCGGGGAAUUUAGCGAGUACAAGGGAUGUAUCUAUGGAUUCCAUGGAGAAGUAUGGUGUUGGUGCAAUUGAUCCUGCAAAAAUAUCUCACUUUUAUCAGGAUCUACACAAAUAUCUUGCUUCACAGAAUGUGGAUGGGGUUAAGGUUGAUGUUCAGAACAUACUGGAAACCAUCGCAACUGGCCAAGGAGGCCGGGUUUCACUUACUAGACAGUUUCAAGAAGCACUUGAAAAUUCUAUAGUUGCCAACUUCAAAGACAACAGCAUAAUCUGCUGCAUGGGUCAGAGCAUGGACUCCAUUUACCAUGCAAAAAGAAGCGCUAUAACACGAGCUUCUGACGAUUACUAUCCAAAAAAUCCAGCCACACAGACGCUGCAUAUAGCUGCCGUGUCUUUUAACAGCAUAUUCCUUGGUGAAGUUGUUCUACCAGAUUGGGACAUGUUCUAUAGCCGCCAUGACGCAGCAGAGUUUCAUGCUGCUGCAAGAGCAGUGGGAGGUUGUGGAGUCUAUGUGAGUGAUAAACCUGGCCACCAUGAUUUCAAGAUACUAAGAAGGCUCGUACUGCCUGAUGGAUCCAUACUUAGAGCUAAAUACCCAGGGAGGCCAGCAAGGGAUUGUUUAUUCCGUGAUCCGGUAAUGGAUGGAAAGAGUCUUCUAAAGAUAUGGAAUCUAAACAAAUGUACUGGAGUUAUCGGAGUCUUCAACUGCCAAGGUGCAGGAAGCUGGCCUUGUUGGGAAAACACAGUUCAGGAAAAGGUUUCCGCAAAGAUAUCAGGUCAGGUUUCUCCGGCUGAUAUAGAGUAUUUUGAAGAGGUAUCUGGGAAGCAAUGGACUGGAGAUUGUGCGGUAUUUUCCUUCAGUUCAGGGUCCCUAUUUAGAUUGCCAUCGGAAGAAUCAUUUAAUGUUGCUCUAAAAUCCCUGGAAUGUGACGUCUUUACAGUUUCUCCUAUUAAGGCUUACGAUCAAGAAAUCCAGUUUGCACCCAUUGGACUGCUAAAUAUGUACAACUCUGGUGGAGCUGUUGAGUCAGUCGAUUACUUGACUGGUUCUUUUGGUCGUGGAAUACACAUAAUGGGGAGAGGGGGAGGUAGAUUUGGAGCUUACUCCAGCAUAAAGCCCCAAUCAUGCUCUGUAAACUCAAAAGACCAUGGAUUCAACUUCAACGCUGAAGGCCAUCUCUUAGUAGUAACGAUCCCCAACACUACCACUUGUUGGGAUAUUCAUCUUUGUUAUUGAAAAUGGUUAUAACUUAUUUGUUACUGGAAAGUAAAAUAGUACUUUUUUACUAAAUCUAUAAUCAAUAAUCAAUUUUUUUAGGAA